ACAAGCUCUGAAAAAGGAGACCAAUCUAAAGAUCUCGAACGGUUAAAAGCCCAAACUAGAAAUAUCCAAAAGAUUAGAAAUUCUUUAGGAAGAGUAUCAAGAUUCUCACAAUCAUUCAUCGAUAGUGCAUAUGCACCCAAAGAAAGAAAGGACUCCCUAUUACGUGUCCUUAGAUCAACCAAACAAUAUGAAUCCAAUCAAGACAUAAAUAUAGUAUACAAGUUUAUAGAUUUACUUUCGGAUCCCUAUCAAGGAACAUUUAUUCCAAAAAAAGAUAGAAUCGAAAUCAUAGAGCUGGUCCAGCAAAUCAAUCAUAAAGGACCAAACAACAUGUUUUUGUUUGAUGGAAACGUAAUUGAGGAUUUUGUUUUGGAUGCAUUCCAAGCUUUUCAAGUUUCAAGAUGGUUUAUCAAUCCAUUAAACCAGUUGCAAAUGGUAGUUUUGGUUGAUAUGGAGGAAGAGGAUUUCUACUCACAACUUUUAAAGGAAUUGAAAUCUCCCAACGGUGGAAUCUCAGAAAGCUAUCUAAAAGAAAGCUUUCAAUAUCGUAAGGAUUAA